CCAGUACUGGUUACAGCAUCAAAAUAUUUGUCAUAUAUUUGGAGCUAUGAAUCCCAAACCCUACGUUCACUCUCUCUUUCCCUUCUUUGUGAUCUUACUCGUCAAUCCCCUUGUCUUCUGCCAACUUGAUUACAAAUUUUACGAUGACAUUUGCCCAAACCUGACAAAUAUCGUUAGAUAUGGCGUGUGGUCAGCUAUUAAGAAUGAAACUAGAGUGGCAGCUUCUCUCCUGCGAUUGCACUUCCAUGAUUGUAUCGUCAAUGGAUGUGAUGGGUCUAUUCUACUCGACGACACCAGCACCAUGAAAGGGGAGAAGAGCGCAGCGCCAAAUCAGAACUCAGCUAGAGGUUUCGAGGUCCUCGACGCCAUAAAGGCUAAUGUAGAGAAGGCCUGCCCAUCAAUCGUCUCCUGUGCUGAUAUAUUGGCACUUGCAGCAAGAGAAGCUGUCUAUCUCACUGGAGGACCUUAUUGGUCGCUACCGUUAGGCCGGCGAGACAGCACGACGGCAAGCCAGAGUGCGGCUAAUGAGCAGAUACCAUCCCCUCUGGAGCCCUUAGAGAAUAUCACCGCCAAAUUUACGUCAAAGGGUCUAGAACUGAAGGAUGUUGUUGUGCUCUCAGGUGGACACACUAUAGGGUUCGCACAGUGCUUCACGUUUAAGCAAAGGCUCUUCGACUACAACAGCUCAGGCAAAGCCGAUCCAACACUAGAGUCAUCAUUUCUUCAGGRUCUGCAGAGUUUAUGCCCAAACCAAGCUAGCUCAGACAGCAAUUUGGCUCCUUUGGACCGUGUCACAACAAACAAAUUCGACAACGGGUAUUUUAAGAACCUCUUGAACAAUUCCGGACUUCUCCAAUCAGACCAAGCUCUGAUGGGUGACUCAGACACUGCAUCCAUGGUGAAUAACUACAGCAAGUCCCCAUAUCUGUUCUUCACUGAYUUCGGAGCAUCCAUGGUGAAGAUGAGCAAGAUAAGGGUUCUUACUGGCAAGGAAGGAGAAAUAAGGAAGAAUUGCAGGGUUGUAAACUAAAAUGGAUGGUCACAUACCUAACUAAGCUUAAGGUUAAUUUGUUUGAAGUGUUAGAGACUGUAACUGGUAAUUAAUGAAGAUGUAAUUUGUACACGUAACAUGUUAAGUGAAUCCAUGAAUGCAUGAAUAUAAUAAUAGCGUUGGCUGUGUAUUGAAUGA